AGCCCUCAUGUGAUCACAGAUCAAGUAACUGUAACCUGAGAGGGGACAAAAACUAUUAUCACGGUCCCAGACAACACCAGUGGAAACUCCCUCGCUGCUGCUUACUAUAAGUCUGCUGAGUUUUAUACCGCAGAGGGCUAUGAAUAGACAGGCUGUCCCCUGAGCCACACUUUGAAAUAUUGACAGACAUGCUUACCUCAAUCUCUCUUUCCCUUUUAAUUUUCCUGGGCUACGGAAGCUUAGCUUGUUAAGAAAAUUGCUUGGUUUGAGAAUGAUUCUUACGUGAUCAGAAAAGAAAACGGGGGCAUACAGAAUUAGGAGUACCACCUCCACAGCUGAGAUGCUUGUCUCCCUGAUUGUCUUCUUCACCACCACCACCCACAAAACAGUUUUGUAACCCAGCAAAAGAGAUAGCCCAGAGCAGUGGUUCUCAACCUUCCUAAAGCUGCGACCCUUUAAUACAGUUCCUCACGUUGUGGUGACCCGCCCCCAACUAUAAAAUUAUUUUUAUUGAUACUUCGUAACUGUAAUUUUGCUACUGUUAUGAACCAUAAUGUAAAUAUCUGGGUUUUGCAAUGGUCUUAAGCAACCUUGUGAAAGGAUUGUUUGACCCUCAAAUGGGUUGCGAAUGACAGAUCGAGAACAUCUGGUCUAGCAUCAACUGCUGUUCAUGAUCAAUCUUUUGAGUCAAACAUGCUGUACCUCACCUAGCCCAAUAACUGAUCUAAAGAACUUUCCAAGAAUCUUGAUUACCUCAGCUCGAUUUGAUUGUGGUAAUCUAUUAUUUAAAAGUUGCAACCAUUCAUGUGCAUGCAAUGCACACACACACAACACGAACACACACACACACACAACACACACACACACACACAACACACACACACACACAACAUACACAGGUAUGCCACAGCCCAAAUAAGAGCUGAAAGGUAAGGAGUAAGCUGCCUGCCUCAGGGUGGUUUGACUCCCCCUGUACCACAAGACGUGCUCUUGGCAUGACAGUUAAGAAUCAACUGUGUUCACUCUUUUCUCCUAUGGUCAGGAGUUCCCUACUGCAGAAGUUCUGUGAGCAUCAACAGGGAACUGGGGCAGCUGGUCUCUGCCCCUGUUUCUCAAACUGCAUUGUGAAGAAAUGAAAAGGACAGGGCUGGAGAGUUGGCUCAGUGGUUAAGAGCACUGACUGCUCUUCCAGAGGUCCUGAGUUCAAUUCCCAGCAACCACAUGGUGGCUCACAGCCAUUUAUAAUGGGAUCCGAUGCCCUCUUCUGGUGUGUCUGAAGACAGCAACAGUGUGUACUCAUAUAAAUUAAAAUAAAUAAAUCUUUUUUUUUAAAAAGAAAGGAAAGUAUCAAAUUAAAAUGGAAUCCCAAAAUGUAAUCAAAGUUCUCCAAGAAGCAUGUUUGGAAAAACCAGUAAAUCUGGCAAAAAAUUAAAUUAGUACUUAUUUGAUAAAACUGUCAAAUGAAUCCUUAAAAUGGAGCCAGGUAUGAUGGUGCACAUCUGGAAUCCCAGGAGGCUGAGGCAGGAGGGCAGCCUGGAGUUUGAGGUCAGCUUGGACUAAUGCCUGAGAUGUUGCCUUGAAAAGCAAAUAAAACGAAAAUCCUUAAAACAUCGAGAAUUUGAUAAAACAAGAGGGUACUACAAGUAUACAGAAACCAGCAUUUAAUAUUUCCAAAUGAAAUGCCAAUAUAUUCAUUUUCGUCCUUAGAAGGACGCAAGGCUGAGCAAUGCUUGGUGCUUAGCUUCUGACAGAUUUAGUAUUAUUGAAAACAGAUAUUAACUAUGCUUGUUACUUACGUUCAUUUAUAACUUAAAGUAUGUGUUAAAUACUUUCAGAAAGAGAAUUCCAGAAGAAUGUAUUUAGGAGAGGCUGUGUUAAAGGUAUCUUUAAGCUAAUUUUGGAAGUUGGGUAUGGCAGUAUAUUCCUUUAAUCCCAGCACUCAGGAGGCAGAGGCAGGCAGAUCUCAGUAGGCUCCGUAAGAUGUUGGCCAUGCAGCCCUGUGGUCUAACGGCUUGCUUCUGCCACCACUACAUUUUGGAGAGAACAAGGCUCCUGAAGACUUUGCCACAGAUCAUGUCUCAGGACGGAAUGGAGGUUAUUGGCCUGAACAUUCGAUCAUUACAUAGGCUGACAUAACUGGGAUGACGGCACAAACAUGAGGCCAGCUUCUAGCAUCAGAGAACUCUCUGGUACUUGUGGGCUCCAAGGAUAGCUAGUAUGUGCUAAGACCCUGUACAACAUAGGAGGGCAUCAUCAGGAAGACCCUAUGUGGACCAUGCUGGCCUGUCAGGGUGGAGACGUGGUGAAUUUCGGUUUGUGAAGCACGGAAAUACUAACUCUCCCUGACUUGCUGACCUGCGUGAAUGAAUGCAGGGCAUCCAGGCUGGUCUUGGCCUCCAUUGACAAAGUAGUCCACAUGUCCGACAGGAAUCCGGAUACCCAAAUCUGAAAGAGGCAGAGCCCUGUCAACCUUUUGCUUCAGGAAUAUAUGUUCUCAGUCCCACAGCAGGGUGGUUGGGAGUCAGUGUCCUUGUUUCAAAGGGUUGGGAAGCUACACAAGGCAAAGCACACCAAGAGGAAGCAUGGCAUCAGUUUCUAGGAUACUCAGACUUGACCCAUAAAAUCACGUAAACCUUCCUUUUCUGUUACACUUGAACCGACGUCGUGGUUCUCUUUCCUGUUUCCCGAGCAAGUCAAACACUCACCUGCAUCCAGCUCUUACUUUCUCCAUCUUCACUAGCCAGAAUCUUCUUCUAGAUCUUGCCAAGGCUGACUCACUCCCCUCCCCUGAGACUUGCCUACUAUACAGAUGCUCGUCAAUGAUCCUUUCAAAGCAACCCCUCCUGAAGUUACCCUCUAUCAACGUGCUUUCUUAUGUGGUGUGUAAUAGCCACAAACAUGUGAUAAGAGCAACCUGUAAUCUGGUCUGUUUCCUUGAAUGAAGCCUUUGGUAUUUCUGCUUUUGUCUGUUUGGUUGGUUUUUGUUGUUGUUGUUUUUCUUGUGGGUCCUUGACACCCACUACAACAACUGGCUUACAAUGAGUGACUGAUACAUCGUUAUUGAAUGAACAAAUAAACAGAUGCCUAAAUGCAUAUCCCUGGUCAUUGCUGAAUUCUGAGGACGGGCUUCCUGGCUCAGUGAAGAUUAAUCAAAGAAGCAGAAUUAUUACUUUUUUUGCCUUGUUAAAGAAGCAGCUAAAAAGAAGGAGGAGGGAGGAUGAGGAUGAUGAUGAGGAGGAGGAGGAGGAGAAGGAGGAGGAGGAGAAGGAGAAGGAGAAGAAGGAGAAGAAGGAGAAGGAGAAGAAGAAGAAGAAGAAGAAGAAGAAGAAGAAGAAGAAGAAGAAGAAGAAGAAGAAGAAGAAGAAGAAGAAGAAGAAGAAGAAGAAGAAGAAGAAGAAGCAGCAGCAGCAGCAGCGGC